CCCCCGCGCUGCGGUCGGGGCUCUGCCCCGCUCCGUCACCCGGCGCAGGGAGCGGGCCGGUGCCAGGGCUGCCGCCCGGGGCAGGGCUGCGGUCCGGGGCCGGCCCCGCCGCCAUGGCCCGCUUCUCGGCGUACCUUAACCCCGUGCUGGUGCUCUUCAGCUGCGAUCUGUGCCUGGUGCGAGCCAACAGGCCGCCAUCCCCCGUCAAUGUGACUGUGACACAGCUGAAGGCGAAUUCUGCCACCGUCUCUUGGGAUGUGCCAGAAGGAGACGUGGUCAUCGGCUAUGCCAUCCUACAGCAGCGGCAGGAUGGUCAGAUGCAGCGCUUCAUCCGGGAGGUGAACACCACCAACCGGGCCUGCGUGCUGUGGGACCUGGCAGAAGAUGCCGACUACAUCAUCCAGGUGCAGAGCAUCGGCCUCUAUGGGGAAAGUCAGGCCAGCAAGCGCGUCCACUUCCGGACUCUGAAGGAGACCGACCGCCUCCCCUCCAACAGCUCCAACCAAGGUGACAUCACCAUGGAAGGGCUGGAUAAAGACAGGCAGCUGCAGACAGGAGAGAUCAUCAUCAUCGUGGCCGUGCUGCUCAUGUGGGCAGCUGUGAUCGCCCUCUUCUGCAGACAGUAUGACAUCAUCAAGGACAACGACUCCAACAACAACAAGGAGAAGACGAAGCCAUCCUCGGAGCACAGCACUCCAGAGCGACCCUCUGGAGGACUGCUGCGGAGCAAGAAGUCUCCCUCUGUCAAUAUAAUCGAGGUGUAAGUGCAGCACCAGCUCUGCAUCUGGGCUCCUGGGCAUCACGUCAGAGCUAAAACAGGCCUUGGAAGAGGAGGCAGCACCAGGCAGCCAGCCUGGAACUCUGCAUGCGAAGAUCCACGUAUCCGAACUUACGCUUUCCCAAGGGCACCUGUCUGGGGAUGUGCAUGGAGUUGGCUCCCGGCCGUGCAUGUAUGCCUGGCCCCGCUUCCCUGCCGCUAAGGAGUGUGGAGCUGAGCGAUGGAGUGGGGGUAUGCCGCCAGCCUGUGGGGGAGCAGAGGGGCUGCUGCCCUGUCCUGCACACAGCCCCGGUGGGAGGCAGCAUCCCAGAGCCCAGGCUUGGCCAGAGGCUGUGGUGCAGCUGUGUGGCACCAGACUCCUGCCGAGGAGAUGUUCUGGGGCAGACCUGGCUCUCUCUGCUGUGCUGGGGGGGGAAGGAUUUGCACCCUUCUUGCUCCGAGGCUGAGGGGAGGGCGCAGUGCAGGUGCUGGCCCCAGAGCUGCCAGUGAGGUCAAGGCAAGGAGGCAGGGGGGCUGGGCUGUGAGAGCGAGUCCCUGCUGGAGGAUGGGGCCCACUGCACCCCAUCAUUGCAGUGAGGGGCUUCCCACGCCUCACCCUGGCACAGGGGACAAAAACACAAAUGAGAGCUUGAGGAGUUAGUGCUGCUGCAGUGCCUGGCUGGGCUGCAGCAGGGCAGGGAGCGUCAGUGCCGUGGGUGAGGCGAGGCUCACAGAGCAAUGGGAAUGGGUCUGGCCAGCACACUGCUGUGGCUCUACCACUUCUCCGUCAGGGCUCACUGUGAGCGUGCACUGCAUGCAUAAUGCAGCCAGCCUGGCUGGAUUGGUGGGAUGCGUGUUGUGUCCGAGGAUGAGGUCUGGGCCAGCGAUGUUCUCGUGCCAGAGGCAGGGGAUGCAGGGUGACACAAGGAGCCCCGCUGCCACAGAGGCCGUGCCUGGUGCCCUGGCUGCUGCUCUUCCCUCCGUGCUCUGCUCUGUGGCUGGUCACCGAGCCAGGCGCUGGCUCUGCAGCCCUGGACUCAAGCAUCACAGGAUCCAGCGUCUUCCAGGAAUAAACCUCCCAGCAAAGCACUUUCAGGACUCUCACUUCCAGGUGCUGUUCAGCUCCUGCUGCAGGACUGGAUUGGGAAGGGACAGGGUAAGCAACUCCCUGUGGCGGGGUCUUUUCAAUAAAAGCAUCCUGGCUCAAAAGCAGCGUUGUCCUUGCAGUAUUGCAGGUGGGGGGGGGAAAAGAGGGGCACACACAUCUAAUCGCUUCUUGCACUCCUGUGUAUGGCCCUGUUCUUGAUAGCACGUGCUCUGCAGCAGGUCCCCAAAGGCUAUCCUGCACUUCUUUCUGGCCUUUGAGAGAGUACCAGAGCUGCAGGCUGGCCUGUCAUGCUGUACGACAUGCAGCUGCUGAAGGAAGAUGAUGCCAGGGCUCAGCAGGCUGCUGGCAGGAGGCUGUGCUUCUCCCCAUCAGGUGAAGAGAGCAG